CCCCAUAGUUAUAGGUAUAUAAGCACCCACACUUUAAUGUGAGUUACCUAAACUGGUAGGUACCUGGUACAUACGUGCAUCAUGAAUUUUGUAUUUAUUUUUCUUUGUUUAGUGGCCGUUUCCAAGCAGCAGGGCGUUAAAGACUUAAAUCCUGCGUUACUGGAUAAAAUCGAAUCAAUUACCGAUGACUGUUUAACAGAAUCAAAGGCGAAAGAAGAUGAAGUAAUUAAAAUGCUUGAUAACGGAGAAUUCAGUGGCAGUCAAGAACUGAAAUGUUUUCUCAAAUGCAUCUACGUAAAAUUGGGUGUAAUGAAUGACGCGGGUGAAGUUCAGGAAAACGGCAUAAAAUCACAAAUUCCUCCAGGUUUUGAUCAAGGGAAAGCUAGCGCCCUUAUCGAAAAAUGUAGAGAGAUUCAUGCAGGAGAUCCUUGCGAAACGGCGUUCGAUGUUGGUAAAUGCAUUAUGGAGGGUCUCAAGUAACAUUACAGAUAUUUUGAAAUAUUUCGCUAAUGGUAGGAAUAAUAAAAAGGCACAUUCUUCACACGCAAUGUUUUAAUAUUCAGAAUAAACGUAGUAAAUAAAUAUACGUAUAUCAUUA